AUGCCACCAUUUUUCAGUGUGUUGGCAGCUCUAGCUAUGGCUAGUGCCGCCGCGCUGGGCGACACAUCCCUUUCAAGAUUCCAUUGCAUCUACGCUGAUGGGUUGAGCAACCUGUACAUGGAGCAGAUUGGAUCCCGCAGCGUCCUGUUCAAAUGCAUCAUGGGCACCAAAUGUUACCAGAUUCCCAACAAGUACGCCGGAAUCCAGUGUGCAUACCCAGACGAUAAAGCCAUCCUCAGCCGGAGCUCCGUCAUAUCCGCCAUUGACGACAACACCAAUACCAGCACACAGCAUGAUGGCGACAGCAGCCCUGUGGGCACCGAUCAGCCAAGUGACUCCUACUCAUUGAGUCCCGCCUCAUCGCCGCCGCACCUGGUAUCGCUGCAAGUUGUGCUGCCUACAGUUACGAUUACAGUGACAGACGAUAGCUUGUCUGCAACAAUACUGACCAUUAGCUCGCUGAACCCGACAUGCUGCUGGGAACCAUCCACUACUGAAGAUACAAGAGCAUCCACAUGUACAACUGGUCCAUCAUCAACGCCUGCACCGACGCCAUCACCACUAUCUGCACCACCGCCGCAUGAUACUGCUGUGAUAGAAGUGGACCGUAUGGCCAUAUCAUCCAUGACCCCUGUGUCACUAGUAUCGGAGAGUGAGUCGUUCCUGGGCCCGCUAGGCGAUCGGCUAGCCAAGAUCCACCGCCUUACAGAUAUUCUCGAGUCGGUGCUGCCGCCAAAGAACAUAUUUGCGCCGCUGCUUUCCAGUAUUAUAUCCCGCGAGAGUGCUUCUCUGGAGUCGUUUGGAAUGAGUGAUUCGAUUGAUUACGAGCGCAUUCCCGUCAUCGAAACCAAGGUCAUUCAGAUCACCGCCCCCACUGCCAAAAAUGCACACCAGUCUUUCGACUUUCCAGCCGAUACUAUGCCUCCGUUAGCUCGGAUGGUCGUUGGUUCUCCAAGGUCGGCAGCAUCGCGAUCAUUGCCUCCAGCGGCACAUUCGUCUGCACCUCCAGCGGCUUCAGCAAAGAAGAAUCCCACUCUAUCUGACCUGACACAGCUACCGACAAAACCGCCUGCACCAUUACCACCACUAUCACUGCCGCCACCUCCAUCUUCGCUGGCAACUGCUCAGCCAGAAUCGUCAGCUCCUCGCCCAUCGCCAUCGCCCACACCAGCACCACCACAUCCACAAAAUCAAUCACUAUCGUCCUCUCCGACGUCAGCACCAGCACCAGCACAAGCACCAUUACCAGCAUCAGAACCAUUACCAGCACCCAGCACCAGCAUCCAGUAUCCAGCACCAGAAACAUCUCCUGCUAUAUUAACGCAGCUGUCAUCGCCGGAUCCAACAUCUCCCCAGACAUUGUCUGACUCAUCGUCACAGCAGUUGUCUUCUGACCUCCCACAGACAGUGUCACCUACGGAUAUAUUCGCCCCGCCGUUCACUAAUAACAGUAGUGGAAAGCCAACGAGUGAUCCAGCUGAGUCACCUGGCAGGUUCUCUGUCUCUAACAACUACCCUAUCAACGUGAGCAACAUCGCCAGCGCCAUUGCAAACAUCCUUAAAGGUCAGCCUGCUUUAUUCGCAGCUUCCCACAAGGAGAACUCGGAGAGAGAUGUCGACGCUGACGACUCGGAGAAGGAGGACAAUGACGGUGGUGUCAACCGCGGUAGACGCAGCAAAAACACAAGCAACGACUCCGAGCCUGAUGAGGAUGCUGACGACGACGACGACGACGACGACAACGACAACAACGACAAUGACACAACGAGACAAGACGACAAAGACAAGACGACAACAAUGGACGACAAUGACGACUAUGAGAAGGACAUUGAAAUGCCUGUCGCUGAUCUUCCUGUGCAUAGACAUGUCAACCAGAAAGAGGAGCCGAUCAACGAGGCUCCCUCCAAGUCUGUGUCAUCAAGCGCGCACAGCAGAAAGCCCAUCCGCAUAGACGAUCCUGACAUCCCAGACUAGCGCUGAUAUUGUUUUCUAUGUUUCUAAAGUGCCAAUAUGUCCGAU